GACCCCCCAAAGUUUGUGAAGAGAAGUUUCCAUAACUUGCCCAUUGUCUGAGAGAAUUGGGGCUCAUCAUUAUCAUCUUUGUCUUGACUUGUUGAACCACAUCCGAAACUGAAGAGUUUAAUAAACAACCAUUGUAUCCUAAAAAAUGCAGUCUGCUUGGCAGAGAUUUGGAGUUUGUUCUUCAUGUCUGAAAAGGCAGCUAAAUGACUUAAUUAAAUGGCAAAGGAGAUUGAUUCCAGGAUGGAUCAGAUCUAUUUACAGUGAGACGGGGAAAUGGGAAAGAGACUAUGGAUUGGAAACAAGAAAGAAAGUUGAGAAGUGGUGGCUUCCAAGAAUGAAGGAACAGUUUUGCAAAACUUCAGAAACAGAUAAAUCAAGACAAAAGUUCUACGUACUUUCAAUGUUCCCAUACCCUUCUGGAAAGCUGCACAUGGGCCAUGUUCGUGUCUAUACCAUCAGUGACACAAUAGCACGGUUCCAGAAAAUGAGAGGGAUGCAGGUGAUAAAUCCGAUGGGAUGGGAUGCAUUUGGGUUACCUGCAGAAAAUGCUGCAAUUGAACAUGGGCUGCACCCAGCAAACUGGACACACAGUAAUAUUAAACACAUGAGGGAGCAGCUUGAUGCACUAGGUCUGUCUUUUAGCUGGGAACGGGAAAUAACCACUUGUUUGCCAGAGUACUAUAAAUGGACACAGUACCUCUUUAUUAACUUAUUUGAAGCUGGGUUAGUCUAUCAAAAGGAGGCCAUGGUUAAUUGGGACCCAGUGGAUCAGACAGUUCUAGCAAAUGAACAGGUUGAUGAAAAUGGCUGUUCGUGGCGUUCAGGAGCAAAAGUGGAACAGAAGUACCUCAGACAGUGGUUUAUCAAAACUACAGUUUAUGCAAAGGCCAUGCUUGAUUCUUUGUCUGAUCUCCCUGAGUGGUAUGGUAUAAAGGAAAUGCAAGCAAACUGGAUAGGUGAUUGUGUUGGAUGUUAUCUUGACUUCAUGUUAAAGGUUAAUGGCCAAGAAACAGGAGAGAAGCUAGCUGCCUAUACCUAUACACCUGAAGCCAUUUAUGGAGCUUCCCACUUAUAUGUUUUACCUAAUCAUAGACUACUGCAUGGAAAUAGUAGUCUGAGGGAAGUGUUGCAGAGUGAGUUUAUCCCAGGCAAAGACUGUCUUACAUCAGUGACAGCAGUGAAUUUACUUACCAGACAGGAGGUUCCUAUAGUAAUCUCUGCAAAAUCAGAUUUUGAGAACUAUAUUGAUACUAAAAUAGGAAUUCCUAAUACUAAUCCAGAAGAUGCUGCUGUCGCCCAGAAUCUAGGUCUCUCUUUCUCUGAAGUCAUUGAAACACUACCAGAUGGUUUGGAGACCAUAGUCAACUCCGGAGAGUUCACAGGCAUGACUAGGCAGGAAGCUUUAAAAGCCCUAACCCAGCUGGCCAAAAAUAAAGGAGUAGGUGGAGACCUAACAAGUGACAAGUUAAGAGAUUGGUUAAUAUCGCGACAGCGGUACUGGGGAACACCUAUACCCAUAAUCCACUGUCAGACCUGUGGCACAAUCCCUGUGCCUUAUGAGGAUUUACCUGUGGAAUUGCCCAAUAUAACCUCCUUUACAGGAAAGGGAGCCUCCCCUCUAGAAACUGUCCCAGAGUGGAUGAACUGUUCAUGUCCAAGGUGCAAAGGACCUGCAAAGAGGGAAACAGACACCAUGGAUACAUUUGUUGAUUCAUCUUGGUAUUACUUGAGAUACACUGAUCCUCAUAACUCUGAUAGGCCCUUUAAUAAAGCCUUGGCCGACUACUGGAUGCCUGUGGAUUUGUACAUUGGGGGAAAGGAGCAUGCAGUUAUGCAUUUAUACUAUGCUAGAUUCUUGAGCCAUUUUUGCUAUGAUCAAAAGAUGACCAAACACAAGGAGCCUUUUUAUAAACUCUUGGUUCAAGGUCUUAUCAAGAGUCAGACAUACAAACUAACAACAACAAGCCAAUAUCUGAAGAGAGAGGAAAUUGAUCUCACUGGGACUGAACCAGUUCACAUAAAAACCAAAGAGAAGCUGCAGGUUACAUGGGAAAAAAUGAGUAAAUCCAAGCAUAAUGGGAUAGAUCCUGAGGAAUUAGUAGAGCAGUAUGGCAUUGACACUAUGCGACUGUACAUUCUGUUUGCCGCCCCUCCAGAACAAGACAUCUUGUGGGAUGCAAAAACUGAUGCUGUCCCUGGUGUACGAAGAUGGCAGUCACGCCUCUGGUCCCUAGCAACCAAACUUAUAGAAGCCAGGACUUCCAGCAUUGUGCCCAAUCCUCAGCUGUUGAACGAGAAGGAGAAGGCUGAAGCCAAAAAGAUCUGGGAGCAGAAGAACCUUGUGGUCUCUGAGGUAACAAGUUACUUCACAAAAGAUUACUUGUUUAAUGCUGCAAUCUCUCGACUGAUGGGCCUCACUAACGUACUCUCACAAGCCUCUCAACCUCUCAUUCUCCACAGUGCAGAAUUUGAAGAUGCUUUGGCUACUCUUUGUAUUAUGGUUGCACCUAUGGCCCCGCACAUAGCCUCAGAGCUAUGGAAAGGUUUGGCACAUGUGCAGAAUAAACUUUGUACGUAUCAUAAGUGGGAUGAUGAUGUGCUGCAUCAAUCCUGGCCCAAAGUGGACCCAGAAUACCUCCAGCAACCAGAUAUCAUAGAGAUGUCUGUCCUGAUCAAUAACAAAGCUUGUGGCAAAGUUAGUAUGCCUCGCCAAGUAGCCCGGAACGCUGAGGAAGUCCAUGAACUAAUUCUUCAAAGCGAGCUGGGAAUCAAACACCUCCAGGGACGUCCUAUCAAAAAGGCCUUUCUGUCUCCAAGAACUGCCCUCAUCAACUUCCUAGUGCAAGAAUAGUGGGAAUAUGUGUCGUCUAAGGCUGCUAGCCUGUGAGUGGCUGAUGGAAUGUCAAAAUGAAGCCCAUUGAAAAUACCAAUUAUGCUUAUUUAGAUCUAUUUCACAAUGGAGAAAAAGGAAAAAUAUUUAUUGGCUAAAACUGUAUUGCUGCUGAUCCUUGUCAAGUCAAUCUUCAUUUAAACAUAGAGAAAAGCCAAGGUAUUGGGGUUUCCUGUUUGGUCAAUGAAGGAAGCUACUUCACCAUAUGGUCAGGCUGAGCUAGGAUGCUACAGGAGGCAGCAGUGUAAGGAAGAGCGGGCAAAAGAAAAAGAUAUUUGGGAAAAAUAUCUGAAACUACAGUUAAGAGGGCAUUAGAGAUGGGCCCAACCUACAAUGUCUGCAUCAGUAUUCAAGUGUCCUAAAGUUCAUGGGUAUCUGGGUCAAUCUCUAGAAUGUAUCUUACUAGGAAAUUGACUUUGUUUCUAUCAGUGUUUUUGGAAAAUGUGAUUGAAGAGCCAAACUACUGUAGUGAGUACUUGCUCCACAACACGUUCAAAAAACCAUAAUAUGUCUCCAGUCAUCUCUGCUUCCUAGAUAGAGAUCACAUUUGGGUUCACUAAUAUGAAAUCAGUUAGCACUGGAUUGUGGUUAGGGUAGUGUAGGCCAGUGGUUCUCAACCAGGGGUUUGAGGCCCCCCAGAGGGCUCCGGACAGGUUUCAGGGGGUUCGCCAAGCAGGGCCAGUGUUAGACUCACUGGGCCCAGGGCAGAAAGCGGAAGUCCCACCGCAUGGGGCUGAAGCUCGGGGCCCUGAGCCCUGCCACCGGGAGCUGAAGCCAAAGCCAGAGCAACUUAGCUUUGGGGGGGCCCCUGUGGCAUGGGACCCCAGGCAAUUGCACUGCUUGCUACCACCUAAUGCUGGCCCUUGCUUUGAUAAGCAGAAAACAAGUGGCAUUUUUAUAGCAUGUUUUGGGGGGCUUCAAAAAUAAAAAGGUUGAGAACCCCUAAUGAAGGCCAUCAGGGUGGAUGUUUCCUUAUGCAGCUCUGACAGUGCACUUCCGACAUGUUUGACAGACAAAUUAAGAAUAUAAAAAAAUACUUUUCAUACA